GGGGCAACUUGUUAUUUUGGGGGAAGGAGGGAAAAGCCGCGCCAUCGAUGCGCAGGGUUCCAAUGGCGGGAAUUUCUAUUCAGUCGUCCAAGCUCGUUUCGCCAAGGGCAACCCUAAUCCAGGUCGGAAGAAGGUCUCAUAUCCUUGUCUGAGAGGAAGAAGAAAUCAUUAGGGGCCGAUAUUGGGAAUCCUUGUGCUCGAAUGAACGACGUUCAUCAUCAUCUUCUUCGUCAACCUCUGCUCAGCAGAUUUCGCUUCCACAGACCAAGCUAGCAAAAUCAACUCUCUCGAGCAGCGAAGAAUGGAUAUGGCAGAGACGACCAGAGAGGACGUCGUUCCGGAGACGGUUUAAGAAGACUGAAUAGAUGCAAAAAUCGAACCCUCGGUUGACGGAAAUCGCGCGUGGCGGAGGCAAAGCGAUUCAGAGCGGCCAUGAAGGCUCGUUCAAUCUUUCCGGCUCUUGCCUCCAUAUUCUUGAACAUUUUAAAAGCUGCGAAAAGAUUUUAGACAUGAGCUUCCUAUGGUAUUUCUUUAAAAGUCGUGAGGCUCUCGUAAAGUUUUUCCUUUCUUGGGCUCUUUUUUGGGACUGUUCGGUUUGGACCCGAUAAAUGUUUUUGGAGGGAGAGUCUGGGACCUUGGUGGUGGCUUAUAUAAUGCAUCUGAUCGCCCGCGUCUUUUAAAUUAUCGAGUUCCCUGGGCGUCUCCGAUGGCGGUCGAUGUUUCGGCCGAGGCAAGACCCCGUUGCUGCAUUAGUCACCUCUUCCACGCUGUGGCUUCCAGCUGCCCCAGCAAAAUCGCUGUCGUUCACGCCGUCGACGGAGCCCAUGUCUGCCGUUCCCUAGGUGAGCGAUCUGCUUAUGAAGUCGAUUUUGAUGAAAAGAGGCUCCUUUCUGCCUGCCGGAUAUCCCAAUCCCCGCCAAUCUACCCUGGGGAUGAAUAUUUCACUUACGGAAAGAUUCUUUCUACUGUCGAGGAAUUGAGCGUCCGAAUCCGUGUCGUUCUUGAUGGCGGCGAUGAUCCUGCUCUUAUCAAGCCGAGCGGAGGUAUAGAUUCAGAGGCUGGCAAAUUCUGCUCAUUUGAUGAUUCCCCACUGUUGGUGGGGAUAUUUUUAGCUCCUUCCGUAUAUUACCUUGUGGCUGUUCUCGCAACUCUAAGAAUCGGGGAGGCAUUUCUUCCUAUAGAUCCUUCAUGGCCCAAACACAGGGUGCUCUCAAUAGUUUCUUCUUCAAGGCCUGCUCUUGUUAUCACCCAUCCUUUUUCCGUUGGUUCAAAUGUUGAAGAAAAUGAAGUGCCACGUUGGCUUGUAUCUGGAAGCAACUUGCUGGUUUUGUUUCGAUCAGACAUUCAUAUUAGCAAGUGGGAUGACAACUUAUCCAAAUCUAGAGGUAUAUGGCCAUGCCAAAGAGAAAGACCGAGUCCAUUUUGUUACGUGAUGUGUACAUCUGGAUCAACUGGAAACCCCAAGGGUGUGUGUGGCACUGAGAAAGGCCUUCUGAAUCGCUUCUUGUGGAUGCAUACCUUAUUUCCCAUUCGUUUGGAAGAUGUUCUACUGUUCAAGACUUCAAUCAGUUUUAUUGAUCAUUUUCAAGAGGUUUUGGGUGCCAUUCUUGCCCCUGCAACAUUGAUAAUACCUUUUCCAAACGAGUUAUCUGCAGAUCCUUUGUCGUUAAUUGACCUUGUGAAGGCAUAUUCAGUUACAAGGUUGAUAGCUGUUCCUUCGUUAAUUCGAAUAAUUCUUCCUGCCUUGAACAGUUUACAUGGGAAGCUAAUGCAGGAGGGUCUAAAAGUUUUGGUGUUGAGUGGGGAAGUCUUUCCGUUGUCUUUAUGGUAUACCCUUCAGAGUCUAUUGCCAACUACUACAAUUUUAAAUCUCUAUGGAAGUACGGAGGUAUCUGGAGAUUGUACGUUUUUUGAUUGCAAAGAUUUGCCAAAGAUUUUGGAGACUGAGGUGCUGAGUACUGUGCCUAUUGGGAAGCCAAUUCAUGGUUGUAAAGUAAUACUAAUUGGAGAAUCUAAUGAUUCUGAUGAUGGUGAAAUUUUUGUUGGUGGGGCGUGCACUUCAAUUGGGUACUUGUUUAAUUCAGCUUCAGAUUUUGUUUACUUGCGAUGUCAUGAUGAAAGUUCUCAUGGUAUUCUUGGUCAGAAAGAUAUAGACGAAAUGUAUUUUAGAACUGGUGAUUUUGCUAGACGACUUAGGAGUGGUGAUUAUGUCUUUAUGGGAAGAAAAGAUCGUCUAGUGAAAAUCCAUGGGCAACGCAUUUCUCUGGAAGAGGUAGAAGAUACUUUGAGGGAUCAUCCUGAUGUAUCAGAUUCAGCUGUAACUGUCAAUUCAAGUGAUGGAGAACAAUCUCAUCUGAUAGCUUACAUUAUACUGAAAGGAAGAGCUGAUGUAAUUCCAGAAGCACCUGCAGCAUCCUCUGAUGAUGGUGAAUCUAAUGGUUUUGAACAAACAGCUUCAUCCUUGAAGCAUUGGUUGGCAGAAAGACUGCCUUCAGGGAUGAUACCUGCACAUUUUCAGUUUCUUAACUCAUUUCCUGUGACUUCUUCAGGGAAAAUAGACUAUGCUUCAUUAGCAGUGCCAGGUUUGAGCAAGAAAAGGCAGAGAAUCCAUAUCAGCGCCGGCCUUCACAAAAGACAUCUAGAAACAGUAAAAAAGGCUUUUUGUAGAGCUUUGAUGGCCGAAAAAGUUAUGGAGGAUGAUGAUUUUUUCUCUCUGGGUGGGAAUUCAAUGGCUGCUGCAUAUCUUGGACACAUCUUAGGCAUUGAUAUGAGGCUUAUAUACAGGUUUCCCAGCCCAUCCAAAAUAUUGAAAGUUAUGCUUGAUCAGACCUUGCUUCCUGAAGAUUCUUUUAAAUUGGAAAUUCAAAGUGAAAACCUGUCAUCCACCCUAAACACAGAGACUCCUUCUCCCGUCAGUCAUGAUGUUCUCCCAGAAUCAAGCCGUGUAGGUUCCAGAAGGGUUCAUAGUUUGGAAUCUGAUUUAGGUGACACAGUACCAGUCAAUGAAAAGAAGCAGCCUGCUCGCAUUUGUAACUCUUUGGAGCUGGAUGAAAUUGUAGAUGGAAAGCUUUUAAUUGAGGAUAGUGCUUGGAUUUCAAGUAUUCACUUAGCAACAUCAGUUUCAUUCAGCCGUUGUAAUAAGAUUACAUUUGUUGAAGAGUCUGAACUAGGUGUUUUUCCUCAAAUAUCUGUUGAAAUCGAUGGGAUGAACAUCCGAAAGAUGCAAAGCCUGUGGAAAGUUAACCUGAACUCGUGCGUUGAUGCAUCUCCACUUGUCAUCUCAAUGCACGGGAAUGUGUAUUUAUUCAUCGGGGCACACUCACACUUCUUUGUUUGUGUCAAUGCCUUGAGUGGUCAGCUUGUAUGGGAGGUCAGUUUGGCGGGAAGAGUAGAGUGCUCGGCUGCAAUUACUGAAGACUUUUCUCAGGUUAUUGUUGGAUGUUAUAGAGGAAAUGUGUAUUUUCUUGAUUUCAUGACAGGAAGCAUUUUUUGGACUUUCGAAACUGGUGGUGAGGUCAAAUCACAGCCGGUUGUGGACUCAUCAAGGAGUAUAGUAUGGUGCGGAUCCUAUGAUCAUAAUUUGUAUGCACUGGACUAUAAAAAUCAUUGCUGUCUUUCAAAGAUUUUCUGUGGGGGAAGCAUUUAUGGUACCCCUUCUAUUGACAUGGUGCGCACUAUACUUUAUGUAGGAUCAACUAGUGGGAGAGUUACAGCUGUAUCUCUGCAGGGUUUGCCAUUUCAUAUAAAGUGGCAGUAUGAAUCUGGAGCACCAAUUUUCGCAUCUUCUUCUAUCAACCCUUCAAAUGGAAAUGUUAUUUUCUGCUUGGUGAAUGGAAGGAUUGUUGCUUUGGAUUCAGCUGGGUCCAUUGUGUGGAAAGCAACUACAGGUGGUCCAAUAUUUGCAGGAGCAUGCAUUUCUUCAUUUCUUUAUGGGCAGGUGUUGGUGUGUUCACAGAAUGGAGUUGUGUACUCAUUUGGGCUGGAAAGUGGGAAGUUGGUUUGGGAAUAUCACAUUGGAGAUCCAAUUACUUCUUCGGCGUAUGUUGAUGAAAACAUUGUCCUUCUGUCUGGUUCUUGUCCUACAGAGCACAGGUUAGCCUGCAUAUGCAGCUGUUCAGGAAGGAUUCACGUGCUCAGAAUCAAUGUUAAUGCUGUUAAUGAAAAGAAUCACCAUGAGCAAGAUUUGGAGAAGGAUGUAUAUGCAUAUGCAAAGAUGGAUCUCCCUGCAAAUAUCUUUUCUUCACCUUUGAUGAUAAGUGGUCGAAUUUUUGUAGGUUGUAGGGAUGAUCAUGUGUAUUGUUUAUCCGUCUUGAAGAAUGAUGUGCAUGAAGAGCUUUCGAGAUGCUAGAUUUAGGACUGCGUAAGAAGAUUUGGUGUAUUAUUGUUAUGACUGGCGCAGGUUUCUCACAACAAUUAUUUUUAUCAAGAGCUUCAGCUGUCAUUAAGAAGGAUAAGUGUAUUAUUCUAAGCUUUGGAGCUGUGGAAGUAAUAUUCCUCAGAAAAUGCUACACCGUCCUGUCUGAUAUCGGAGAAAAACUUUUGGAAAUCAGUGGCUGCUGGCUGACUGCACACGUGGUGGUGAUCUUACUCUGAUGGUAGCAUUUUGACCUUCAGGUGUCUAACUGUCAAAGCAGUUGCAAGAUCAGCAGACUGUUAUGCUUCUUUGGCGCUUUGAAUCUCAUGCUUUUUUGAUGGUCCAAUCUAAUGGAACAGUAAGUCCAGGUUUCUAUCAACAGUAUCGUAUGCAGGCAACUGGUGCUUUGGUUAUUUUGCUUUUAUAGUUUUGGUCGCCCAUCAGAAUCUUGAUUGUUCUUUGUGUAUAUAGAAUCAUACAUGAACUCUGUGUCCAUUGACCUUGUUUAUUGAAAAUAUUUAGGUAGAAAAUGGUUAUUUGCAA